AUGAGUGUUGCUCCGUUUUUCUUCAGCUAUAUUUUCCUUGAAACAGUGAGAUUUUUCCCGAGAUUUUUUUCCCCUAACCUCGAACCUUUUCAGAUUUCUUGCUACCAGAUUAUCUUAAUCUAUGGAACAUUGAAUGUGUCGGAUGUUUUAAGCAAAACAACUUCAGAUUCAUAUGAAUCAUGUUCAAAUGUAUGUUUAUCAAAUAUAAAUUGUGUUUCUCUAUUUUAUAUUCCAUCUUCUCAAUCUUGUUCUAUUUAUUCUAUUUAUCAAGUCAAUUCCUAUCACAAAAAUGAUAGUUUACAAACUAUUGUUGGAAUUAAGGUAAGUCGAGAGGAUUUAUGACGUGGCAAAAAAAUUUGGAUAUCUCUCGAAAAUAGGUUCGGCUCUAGAUAGUUGGCAAAUGUGAAUCAAAAAUUCUCAGAAACUCAAUCUUGAAAAUAUACGUUUCAAAAUUCUUAUAAUUUCGCAAAACAAAAAUGAAGGAUUCAAUACCGGCUGAUCUUCUGGUUGAAAGUAAAACGUAUCCCGUGGCAAAAUGCGGAUUUUGUUGUCCGCCAGGAAAAACAACAGAUUUUAGGUAAAAAUGUAUAAUUCUGGAUUCUAGAUUUCUUCUAACUUUACAAACUUCCAUGAAAGCGCUGGGGACUAGAAAUCCCAUGCAAAACCUAGUCCCCCAUCAUUUUCUUCUAGACAAACUCCUCCAGUUCAAAAUGUUCUUCUUCAUUUUCCGAUGUCAAUUUAUCCGGUGAUGUAAAUGGAAUCGCAUAUCAAUUUUCAAGUUCAGAUUCAACAUUUAGCUAUGAAACUUGUCCUGAUGGAUAUAAACAAUUUACACGAACUCGUGGAAUUUGGUGUAUGAAAUUGAUCUAUGAAACAACUGGUUUCAAAAGAAAUAUCUCAUAUUGCUCUCAAUAUUCAGCACUUCCAACAGGAUUCGAUAACGCGGCAGAAGUUGCAUACAUAACAUCAGAAAUUCUCGCAAAUUCCCUAACUUAUCGAUUUUUCGGAUUGGAUGGUCAGAGAAAAUCAAGUUGCUAUAACUCGACAAAUAUUUGGUGUGAUGAUUUUGAAUGGUCGAAUAAUUAUACAAAUUAUCCGACAUUUAUUAAUUGGAUGACUAAUGAACCAUCUCGAUGGUAUUCUGGAACACAGGAGAAUUAUUUGACGAUUAUUAUGAGAGAGACAACUUCAUCGAGAGUUAAUAUUUGUAAUGAUUCUCCGGAAACUGUCACGAUUCAUGGAUUUGUGUGUGGAGUUCCGUUGGGAAAUUGGGAUUUUUCUUGA